AUGUUCCCUGAGACUGAGGGAUUCCUUGUAGCUAUACAGGACCAGGUCAUUCCUACCAACAAUUACAAGAGGUUCAUACUUAAGAACUUGCAACAGUCUGAUAAAUGCAGGUACGGCUGUCAGGACUCCGAAACAAUACAGCACGUAACUGGUGGAUGCCAAGCAUUCGCUCCAACGGACUAUAAGGAGCGCCACGACAUAGCUGCCAAAAUCAUUCACCAGGAGUUGGCAUACAAAUUCAAACUGAUCGAAUGCAAGCUACAGUACUACAAAUAUACACCGCAAUGUGUCCUCGAGAACGACAAGUAUAAACUAUACUGGGAUCGCACUGUGCUUACGGACCAAUACGUAAAACAAAACAGACCUGACAUAAUCAUUGUCGACAAGGACGCCCAGAAAGUAACACUGAUUGAUGUGGCCAUACCUAAUAGUAACAAUUUAACAUACAAACAUAAUGAGAAAGUUGCAAAAUACAGGGAGCUAGAAUUUCAAAUUAAACGCCAGUGGAAAAUAAGUACGUGGAAACAAUACCAAUAA